AUGAGGGAAGCGAAAAUUACUCAGUUAAUAGCAGUAACAUUAUUCGCCCUGUCUACAACCGUUUAUGGCUAUAAUGAAUACUUGACUCCCAGUGGCAGGUCCAGAGAUUCAGUUUUGGGUACUUUAUCACGACAUGAUCCACUUUACCAGAUUGCGCAUUUUACUGGAUAUUUAAAACAGAGAGUUUUUGGAAAUUCUGUGCCACAAUGCCCCUGUGUAAUCAAACCAGGUACGAACAAAUGUAUCACUUACGAUUCUCGAUUUCAAGCAGCAUCAAUUGAGGAAGCUAUUCUUGCUUUCCCAGACAUCAGUGCCGAUACAAGAAGACUUGCAGACACGAAUGGAGGAGCCUUGGAUGCUGAAACAUUCGCUUGUAGAACUAUAGAAUGCCAGACGUGCGUCGCACUUUUGGUUGCUCGAUUGGUCGCUGUUGGUCUCCUUCGGGCAGCAACAGAUGUUUCAUUGCCAAUGCCAUCAGUCAUUGAUCGACGUUACUGCCGAAGGCUCAGAUUUGCCAAUCCUCCACCAAUUUUUGAACCACCAGCAAUUGUUCCACCAUAUAUGAAGAGGCUGAUUGAUGAAGGACACAGAUUUGCAGCAUCUGCUGCUGCAAGGAAUAGAAACAACGUGAGGCGUUUUUCGAGUCUUCCUGCACCUAACGGUGGAUCGCAGAAACAACAGCCCAGCCAACAGUAUAGUCAACAGUACGUUUAUCCGCAAAAGGCACAGCCGCAAUAUGUACAGCAGCAACCAAUAGUGCAGUACCCACAAAAGACCGUACCAACUGGAAAACCUCUUGGAUGUGUUAUGUUGUUUGACAUUAAGGGACUGGAAACACUAAUUAUACAAGACUUCCUAUGCAUUCUUCUUGUGUAG